CAUGGCGGCCGCGGGGGUCGGUGUCUGUCUCUGAGCGGCGUCGGAGCCGGAGCCAGGUCCCCGUCCUGUGGCGAGCGAACCCCUCGGUGGUCCACGGCCCCUGCCGGCCGGUGAAGCCUGGCUCCCUCGGCGGAGCUCGGAGAAUGUAACAGCUCGCUGGCGGCGGCGGCGGCGUCCGGAGCCGGGGGAGGGGGUGUCUCGGACCUAGACCCCCGGGCUGCGGGCUGAGGGCUGCGGGCGGCGGAAGCGACCGGGCCUCCUCCCCCCGUGACGGCCUCCUGACUUCGGGGCCGCCAGAGCUUCGUCCCUUACGCGCCGGUCCCGGAUCAGGACACCGGGGUAGUCUCGGUUUCCCCGACCUGGGACACCCUGUUUCCUCAGGCUGGAGGAGCGUCGACCCCGGAGUAAGCCCCCCAUGCCCUGCCCCGGGAGCCUCCCCUUCCCCCCGAGCCGCCCUUUGCCGCGGAUCCCGGCCCCGCGUUUGGCCACGGAGCCCCCCAUUCAUAGCCCCUCCCUGCUGUCAGGCGGCCUCCGCUGUCCGCCAGGUUACCCCCGCGAGCCUGUGAUGCCCUGACUUCUUCCCAUGUCACCUUCCGCCCCCCUGGUCCCGGCGAAGCCACAGACUUUAAUGGAAAGGAAAAGUCUAGAUUGGUUUCACAGGCCUUUUAAAAAGCGGGCUUAAAAGUUGCUGGCGACGCACUCCUGCUCAGUCUGCCUGAGGGCGAGCUUUCUGUGAAGUCCGUGUGCCCAGUGUCCUCUUCCGGAGAGCAGUGUAGGGUGGAGAAGCCGAGAUAGGGCCGCGGUGGCUCCCGCAGGAGCACCCGAAAAUGGUCAGCGUUUCCUUUAUGCUUGGGAAGUGAAGUGAAUUUAGCGUCGUUGGUCCUUUUCAGCAACCCCUGUGAAUAUUUCUGUUUGAGUUUUUCUCCUUGAAAAAGAAAAUCACUCAGUCCGUACAGUGUACUUCGGAUCAAGAAACUUUUGGGUUGCAUCGUAAUUAAAAUUGAUAAACUGUGGAAAUCAUUGGAACUCCGUUUACAUGUGUCAGUCCGAACUGUGUUCCCUUUCCUUGCGGAAGACAUUUUUCUGAGAUUGGCGUCAGUUGCUGAAUGUGAAACCCCACUACAUACUGUUUUCCUUCUAAGCCCACUGACUGUUCUGGAAGACCUUGGUCCCUCUUCUGGCAAGGGGUGCCCAUCAUUGCUUUAUGGGGCAGCAGCCUGGAAAAGUUCUUGGGGACCAAAGAAGGCCAAGUUUGCCCGCCCUGCAUUUUAUCAAAGGAGCAGGGAAAAAGGAGUCAUCGAGGCAUGGCGGUCCACACUGCAAUGUUUUUGUGGAGCAUGAAGCCCUGCAGAGGCCAGUAGCAUCUGACUUCGAGCCCCAAGGUCUGAGCGAAGCUGCUCGUUGGAACUCCAAGGAAAACCUCCUCGCUGGGCCCAGUGAAAAUGACCCCAACCUGUUCGUUGCGCUGUAUGACUUCGUGGCCAGUGGUGACAACACUCUCAGCAUCACUAAAGGUGAAAAGCUCCGGGUCCUGGGCUACAAUCACAAUGGGGAAUGGUGUGAAGCCCAAACCAAGAAUGGCCAAGGAUGGGUCCCAAGCAACUACAUCACGCCUGUCAACAGCCUGGAGAAGCAUUCCUGGUAUCACGGGCCGGUGUCCCGCAAUGCCGCCGAGUACCUGCUGAGCAGUGGGAUCAACGGCAGCUUCCUGGUGCGAGAGAGCGAGAGCAGCCCUGGCCAGCGCUCCAUCUCCCUGCGCUAUGAGGGGAGGGUGUACCACUACCGGAUCAACACCGCCUCCGAUGGCAAGCUCUACGUCUCCUCCGAGAGCCGCUUCAACACUCUGGCCGAGCUGGUCCACCACCAUUCCACGGUGGCCGACGGGCUCAUCACCACCCUGCACUACCCCGCACCCAAGCGCAACAAGCCCACGGUCUACGGCGUGUCCCCCAACUACGACAAGUGGGAGAUGGAGCGCACGGACAUCACCAUGAAGCACAAGCUGGGCGGCGGCCAGUACGGGGAGGUGUACGAGGGCGUGUGGAAGAAGUACAGCCUCACGGUGGCCGUGAAGACCUUGAAGGAGGACACCAUGGAGGUGGAAGAGUUCCUGAAAGAGGCUGCAGUAAUGAAGGAGAUCAAGCACCCCAACCUGGUGCAGUUGCUCGGGGUCUGCACGCGGGAGCCCCCGUUCUACAUCAUCACCGAGUUCAUGACCUACGGGAACCUGCUGGACUACCUGCGGGAGUGUAACCGGCAGGAGGUGACCGCCGUGGUGCUGCUGUACAUGGCCACGCAGAUCUCCUCGGCCAUGGAGUACCUGGAGAAGAAGAACUUCAUCCAUAGGGAUCUCGCGGCCCGAAACUGCCUGGUCGGAGAAAACCACUUGGUGAAGGUGGCAGACUUCGGCCUGAGCAGGCUGAUGACAGGGGACACCUACACAGCCCAUGCUGGAGCCAAGUUCCCCAUCAAGUGGACCGCGCCCGAGAGCCUGGCCUACAACAAGUUCUCCAUCAAGUCCGAUGUCUGGGCAUUUGGAGUGCUGCUUUGGGAAAUUGCUACCUAUGGCAUGUCACCUUACCCAGGCAUUGACCUGUCCCAGGUGUACGAGCUGCUAGAGAAAGACUACCGCAUGGAGCGCCCGGAGGGCUGCCCAGAGAAGGUCUACGAACUCAUGCGAGCAUGUUGGCAGUGGAACCCCUCUGACCGGCCUUCCUUUGCUGAAAUCCACCAGGCCUUUGAAACCAUGUUCCAGGAAUCCAGUAUCUCAGACGAAGUGGAAAAGGAGCUGGGUAAACAAGGCGUGAGAGGGGCUGCGAGCACCUUGCUGCAGGCCCCAGAGCUGCCCACCAAGACCAGGACCUCCAGGAGAGCAGCCGAGCACAGAGACGCCCCUGACGUGGCUGAGACACCCCACUCCAAGGGCCAGGGAGAGAGUGAUCCCCUGGACCACGAGCCUGCCGUGUCGCCACUGCUCCCCCGAAAAGAGCGAGGCGCCCCCGACGGAGGCCUCAAUGAAGACGAACGCCUCCUUCCCAAAGACAAAAAGACCAACCUGUUCAGUGCCUUGAUCAAGAAGAAGAAGAAGAUGGCCCCGACCCCUCCCAAACGCAGCAGCUCCUUCCGGGAGAUGGACAGCCAGCCCGAGCGCCGGGGCCCGGGCGAGGAGGACAGCCGGGAGGUCAAUGGGGCCCCAGCUCUCGCCACCGCCGACGCCGCCGAGCCCGCCAAGUCUCCAAAGCCCAGCAGCGGAGCUAGUGUGCCCAACGGGGCCUUCCGGGAGCCAGGGGGCUCAGGCUUCCGCUCCCCUCACCUGUGGAAGAAGUCCAGCACGCUGACCAGCAGCCGCUUAGCAGCCAGCGAGGAGGAGGGCGGCGGCAGCACCAGCAAGCGCUUCCUGCGGUCCUGCUCGGCCUCGUGCGUGCCUCACGGAGCCAAGGACACUGAGUGGAGGUCCGUCACGCUGCCGCGGGACCUGCAGUCCACCGGGAGGCAGUUUGACUCGUCCACCUUUGGAGGGCACAAGAGCGAGAAGCCGGCCCUGCCGCGGAAGCGCACAAGCGAGAACAGGCCUGAGCAAAUGGCCAGGGGCACAGUGACACCCCCACCCAGGCUGGUGAAGAAGGGCGAGGAAGCUGCUGACGAGGUCUUCAAGGACGCCCCCGAGUCCAGCCCGGGCUCCAGCCCCCCAAGCCUGACCCCCAAGCUCCUCCGCCGGCAGGUGGUGAUGGCCCCGUCCGCUGGGCUCGCCCACAAGGAAGAGCCUGGCAAGGGCAGUGCCUUAGGGCUCCCGACAGCUGCUGAGCCGGGGCCCCCCACCAGCAGGGUGGGAGCAGGCACCCCCGGGGGCCCUGGCAAAGGCCCUGCUGAGGAGUCCAGGGUGAGGCGGCACAAGCACUCCUCUGAGUCCCCGGGCAGGGACAAGGGGCGGCUGUCCAAGCUCAAACCUGCGCCCCCGCCCCCGCCCGCCCCUGUGGGGAAGGCUGGGAAGGCCUCGCAGGGCCCGGGCCUGGAGGCCGCGGGGGAGGCCGGCACGAAAGCCAAGCCCACAGCUCUGGCUGUGGAUGCUGUGAACAGUGACACCGCCAAGCCCAGCCAGCUUGCAGAGGGCUUCAAAAAGCCGGUGCUCCCAUCUGGGCCCAAGCUGCAGUCUGCCACCAAGGCACCAGGGACUCCCACCAGCCCGGUGCCCGCUCCCUCCUUGCCAGCAGCAUCCUCGAGCCUGGUAGGAGACCAGCCGUCCUCCACCGCCUUCGUCCCCCUCAUAUCUACCCGCGUGUCACUCCGCAAAACGCGCCAGCCCCCGGAGCGGAUCGCCAGCGGGGCAGUCACAAAGGGCAUGGUCCUGGACAGCACGGAGGCACUGUGCCUCGCCAUCUCCCGGAACUCGGAGCAGAUGGCCAGCCACAGCGCAGUGCUGGAGGCCGGCAAGAACCUGUACACGUUCUGCGUGAGCUACGUGGACUCCAUCCAGCAGAUGAGGAACAAGUUCGCCUUCCGAGAGGCCAUCAACAAACUGGAGAACAACCUCCGGGAGCUGCAGAUUUGCCCGGCGACGGCGGGCGGCGGCCCCGCGGCCACGCAGGACUUCAGCAAGCUGCUGAGCUCCGUGAAGGAGAUCAGCGACAUUGUCCAGAGGUAGCAGAAGCCAGGAUGCACCAGCUGGAGCUGCCCGCAGCCCACGAGGGCUCACCCAUGCCUGUGACGGUGGCUGACCAAGGACCCCGAGCCGGCACCUAGGCCCAGGGCUCUGCACUGGGUGGCCGGGGCCCUGUGGACCCAGCCCUACUACCUAUGCUGCGCACGGCUGUGUCCCGCACCUCUCGUCAGCCCGGCCCCCUCAGCCACACCGGCCUCGCCUUGCAUCUGCAGUCCCUGCUCUGCACUGUGCCCGGCUGGCUGGGGCCCACCAGGCCUGGCCCCACCAGGUGCCGUGGACAGAGCGCUCUGGGGCCAGCCGAUGGGCGCUGUCCCUCAUGUUCCUGUCCGGAGACCUCCUCCGGUUGUGCCUUCUCUGUCACAUCUCCACCCCGGGGAGGGAGCCCCCGAGCUGUCUGCACCUGCCACACUGACGACCCCUGAGAGAGCCCCUUCCCGGGACGGCUGUGCCCGCCAGUGCCCCCCGGUCACUCCCCACUCCUGCGCCUGCCCCGGGGUUGGCUUUCCCCAUCUCCUGGCGAGGAGGAUGCUGGUGGUUUGAGGGGAACUCGGGGCAUGUCCGGGCCAUUCUUGCUGUCCUGAUGUGUCUGCGCGUCCUAGCUGGGAAGCUUGAGUCCUCGGAGGGCAGUGGGGCCACCAGUCUCUGCCCUCCCGAGCCUCUGAGACCGCGCAGGUGCUUGCAGGCCCUCCCUGUGACGCAACAGCCUCUGGCGGGAGGAGCAGACCGUGGGCGGCCCUGGGGGACCGCGUGGCACCGCCAGCGUCCCUGAACCACACCCGUGUCUCUCCUCGUCACGCAGCACCACCCAGCCUGCUGUGUGUGGGCGCAUCGCCAGUAUGGAGAGCCCAGGGUCACCAUGGUGCUUGGCGCGUUCUCCGCCAGCCGCCCAGGGACAGGGCUGAGGCGGGGCCCUGCCUCGCGGGUCCCUUGGCCAUGCGUGGGCAGCCCGCGGGAGAGCGCACGGGCACCCCGGCCCUCCUUGUGCCAGCAGCCUCGGGGCCUGUGUGUGCACCAGUCAGCUAACCCGAGACCGCGUGGGUGGCAGCGGCAGUUCCCACAGCUCGUCAGCCCCGCCCCUCCGGUGGCCUUGCAGAGAAACCAGACGCCGCCGGCCCCGCCCGCCCGGCCCAGGGACUGCCCUUCCUGUUACGGGCCGCGCCGCUCUAUGUCGCAUUUAUACUUCGGUAAUUACACUUUUUAUAGACUCACUUUUAUAUGUGGCGUGUAAAUAGUUUUCCACUGCGUCCCCUCUGGAGUGCCCGUGGUCUCCCCGUUUUCCCCUUGGUCCAGUACAUUUUGUUUCUGUAUAUGACUCUGUGUUUUUUGAAUCCAGAUCUCUCCUCUGUAGUAUUUUUUAAAUAAAUAAGUGUUUACAAAAUGA